AUGUUAUUUGAGGCUACAGCUAUGGCAUUUAAGUACAAAGUUGUUGGAAGUAUAAUUAUAUUUACCUGUUGUACUAAAUUUGAUGCUGUAAAAUUGGUGCGCACUUUCAACAACUUCGACAUACAGACCACAAUAUCUUGUGAUCCCACAACUUUUAAAUAUACGCAUAAACACCGAUUACAAGGUGUUCUAUUUAUACCCGUAAAUAAUGAGUUAAAUAUGGUACCCUUGGAAUAUUUUUCGAUUUGGUACAAGUGGGUGAUUAUUUCGGAUACUCUACCCGAAAAACUACAUACAGUGCGGUAUGAUGCUGACAUAAUAUUGAUGAAACCUUUCAACAACACAAUUCAAAAUGAACUAUCAGCAGAAUUGGGAACAGUGACAUUAGAAGAUGUAUUUAUACAUCCACAAAAUGGCGCUACAAUUCAUCCUUGGGCAUAUUAUAAUAACCGUGUACUUCAAGUAGUUUAUGAGAGAGAGAGGAUUCUCAGAAGAAUGAAUUUACAACUCUAUACUUUGAAAAUUGCCACUCCGCUAGGUCUCUACAGCAACGACACAUAUGACGGUUCGUUCAAGGACUACUUGCAGGAUAUGUCGAUGCCGGAACGUGACUCAGGCAUCCGAUCUACAUACAUUACUUCUUCUAUUAUUAUAGAGAGACUUAACGCUACAGAGCUGUUAAUACCAACUCAGCUGUGGAGUACAGAAGUAAGCAACAGCAGUAUGCUGUUACAACUUCACUACGGUUCAGCUGAUUUGGCUGGAGGAGCGCUCCGUAUCAUGCACAGUCGGAUCAAAAAACUCGAUUAUGCUAUGAAUGUGUGGCCGUUUCAUGUAGGCUUCACAUACCUAGCUGAGCGAGAAAGCAGUAACAACAUGUUCAUGGCUCCAUUUACUGUUAUGGUGUGGUACUGCAGUCUGGCUCUGUUCGCCAUUUUGUUGAUCGCUCAAAGAGUUACAGCUAAGAGCUCUAUGGAGAAGGAGGGCGCUUAUAUCGCGGUCCUUGCUACUUUUUUACAGCAAGAUGCAAGUGCAGUCCCAUGCGGUAUAUCAGGUCGCUGGACAUUCCUCGUAUUAUCCAUAUCUGCAAUGCUUAUCCACGCCUACUACACAUCGGCGAUUGUCUCUGCUCUCGUGAGUACCGGGAGGAGCGGACCGGACUCUCUGCGGUCGCUCGGAGACUCCCGAUACAGUAUAGCGUCAGAGGACUAUGAUUAUAUGCGCUAUUUGAUGUUUGAUGUACCAACAAACUGGUCCGACCUUGAGUAUCUGAAACGCAAGAAAAUGACCAACGACUUCUACAAGGACAUGAAAGAAGGUGUAAAGUUGAUUCAGACCGGGCAAACUGCGUAUCAUACGGAGUACAACCAGCUUUAUCCACAUUUGAGAACAUUUACUGAUGAUCAGCUAUGCAAACUACAAUAUGUGGAUACUGUGCCUGAAAUUCUAUCCUGGCUGACCACCACGAAGCGUGGGCAAUGGACUGACAUAAUCAAGUCCACAGGAGCCUGGCUUCACGAAACCGGACUAGCAAAACGUAUAGUAUCACGCAUACGAAUCCGCCCACCGCCUUGCCGCGCGGCGUUGCUCGCUGAACGAGUCAAUAUACAUGACAUAGCACCGCUUUUGGUGCUCACGUUUUCUGUAGUUGUAUUGGCUGUUAUUAUUCUGGCUAUAGAAGUAUUGUUUGCUAAGUUGAAUAAGAAGACAGUUGAUUUGGAAGUUGAAGUCGAGGAUUCUAUGCAAUAG